CCCUUACAAGUGGUGCUGCUACGCUGACUCGGUCGGUUCCUCGGCCGCUAUGGCGUCAUCAUGCAGCGAGCCACGACGUCUCCGUCUGAGAGCCACGAGGAGCAGACGACUCGCGCCCUUUGUGAUGUUGGUCACCGUGCUGCCGCUGUGCUUCACCUCGCCGCGUGUACCGCGCGGCACGGCUGGUGCCGGUGCCGGACGCGCCGCCCGCAGCGAACGGCCCGAAGACGCCGAGGACGUCUCGGUCUCGAGCCGUGGCGAAGGCUCCGAAGCUGAGGCUCCAAAGGUCGCUGCGGAGGAGGAGAGUCUGUGGACCUACAUCUUUGGGAAGCCUGGCGAGCUCCGCCGCGACCUCAAUUUGGUUGGGACCACUCCGGAGCGGAUCAUCGUGACCAAUUUGCUGGCCAUCCUCAUUGGCUUGGCCAGCAACCUGUGGGGUCAGACGGAGUUCCUUCUUCGCACCGUGCCGGUGCUGGGCGCCAAGGCCCGUGAGCUUCAUUUGGACUCGCUCUAUGCAGUGGAUGGCCUAAAGACCGCUUAUGAGGAUCAGUACCAGGCACGUUAUCCCUCGACGUGGUUGCUGGACCAAAGGGUAGCGCUGCUGAAAGCCAGGCAGAGCAGUCCCGACGACCUCCUAGGUAUCUCCAAACGCUCGGCGAUGCCCGAAGGUGUGGUCCCGGACAACGCUUGGGGCCCCCCGGGCGGUGGCGACCGGUCGCUGAAAAAACGCGAGAACUUGUCGGUGGUGAAGCAGAUCUUGCCACCGAAGGCGCCUGGCCAACCUCAAGAGAUCAGCGAGAUCCUCGGGGAGCCCUCCGCCUCGCUGGAACGUCUCCUGCGGGAGACGAUCGCACCGGAGGGAUCCAAGAAGACCGUGGAGGCCUUGAUGGCGCGACGGCUGGAGAAGGCGGGCAACACAUAUUACGAGUACCAGUGGCGGACCACCUUCCCCUCAGGUGUGUCCUUGCGUAGCUAUAGCAGUUGCAGCCUUGGGCCGCCGGAUGCGCGGCAGAACCGACAGUUGUACACCUUGACCCUCGUGCUGCCAGACGCCGAGUCCGACGCCUCCGCGGACAACGCCGCGGCGCUGGCGCCGGCGAUCGUGGAGGGCUUCCAGGAGCCUGGUGAGAUGACGUGUGAGGAGCGAUCUGCUUUUGCACAGAAGUGCAAGGACAUUGGGAAUCGCGGCUUUCAGGCUGGCGAUUGGGACUAUGCUGCAGUGGCCUAUCAAGAAGGUGUCCGCUACCUAGAGUAUGUACCUCAUACUUCUGAGAUGCAGCCCAAACCCGGUUUCGACCAUGGUGGAGAAGAACGCCUCAAUCAGGACAUGGCCCUUGCAGUGACGCUCUUCAGUAACCUGGCGGCCACCAUGCUGAAGAUGGAUGAGCCUCAAGAGGCGCUGGAGUAUGCGGAGAAAGCCUUACGCUUCGAUGAGCACCAUGCCAAAGCGCUCUUCCGUCGCGGCCAGGCCCUCCUGGCGCUUGGGGAGGCCUCGGCCGCCGCCGAGACCGCCGCACGGCUGGCGGCCACGGCACCGCGGGAGGCCGCGAAACUGAAGUCGUUGGCGGAUCAGCUGGACAAGGAAGCCAAGAAGAAGGAGAAAGCACUCUUCAGCAAAAUGAUGAGCUGA